AGAUCGCCUGUGGGCUCGUCAGACGAGGAUGUCAUUUGUACUUUAUAAAUGUUCACAGCGCACGUCUGGGUGUCUUAAAGAGGAAGCUCUUGUGUGAAGGAAAUUCGUUUGAGUUUUUUUCUCUUUUGAGUUUUAUUCAGAAAGAUUUAAAACACAGAGUAGAUAUUGUUGUCAAAGCUUUAGCUACAUUCUACUGUGGAGGUAAAUAAAAGGAAACGAUUCUCUAAGCAAGUGUAAGAAGUCAAAUCUCGUGUGAUAAAGAUGACUAUGCAGCUUUUCGUGUGUUUCUUUACAUUCUUGAUUCAGCACCACGUACAAAAAACACGAGCCUGUGAUGGUGUGUACACCUCACCCAGUGGCUCCAUCUCGUCCCCGCUGUACCCCAGUCAGUACCCGCCUAAUGAAGACUGUACCUACAUCAUCAACACAACACAGGGCCAUCGCAUUACCUUGACAUUUGUUACAUUUGAAAUUGAGGCUGGAACCGAUGACUGCAAGUUGGACUAUUUAGAGAUCCGGGAUGGAAGCUCCGAGCCGUCACCGUCUAUGGGUAUCUUCUGUAACACGAGUGUUCCGGACAGAGUGAGGUCCACGUCUAACACCAUGUGGAUCAGAUUCCAGUCUGGCUCAGAGUCUGGCACUGGCUUCAAUGCAACUUACUCAUCAGCAAUCAUUCCACAGAAGUUUCUCCUUGUCACUGACUUUCAUAACGGCAUCUAUCGCAUAGACAUCGACACGGGAAGUAAUGUUACAAUCAGUCCUGAUGGUCUACAGAACCCAUAUGGUAUUGACUACGAUCCAGUAGACGGUCGUGUCUAUUGGUCAAAUACAGGGGAGAAGACCAUCCGAUCCGCUAACCUUGAUGGCAGCGAUGCUCGGCUGGUUCGCAGUAUUAGUCAAGGACGCUAUCUACUGAGCAUUUCUGUGGACUCUGUGUCGAGGCUACUGUUCUACGCCGACGAGGGCAACAAGGUCAUUGGAAUGAUAUCACUGGACACCAACAACAGUCAUCAUAUUGUCGUCGAUUCAGACAUUGGUCAGCCUGUGGACAUCGAACUCGACAAACACAAUGGGGAGGAGACUUUACUGGGCAGAUGGAGACACACAGCUGAUAGGAUGGACGGAUGUGGACAGCAAACGUUCUGAAGUUUAUUUUAACCAGAUAGGCUCAUAUUUUGUGGGCCUGGAUAUCUACCACAAUGAGUUGUUUGUCACGGACUGGGGAGAUGAAGAAAAUCUGGCAGAAACAACACACAUCUAUCGCAUUGGCAAGAAUAAAACAAUGAGGGCGAGUGUGCAAGUUAAAGGGAUAGUAAACGAUGUUCGCGUCUAUGCCGAGGAAACAACACGUAAAG